AUGAAUCGUUAUACCGUAGAAGACAAAGAAUAUUAUCUGAAUCUGAUGAGAUCAUCUCCCGCGAAGAAACCGCCUGAAAUCUAUAGAGAUGAGAUAAAAAAGAAUAACAAAUGUCCAGAUGUGAAGACGCUUCGUCGUUGGCAACAAGUCCAUUUGGGCUCUUAUGAAAUCCCAAAAAGAAAAACGAAGAAAGUUCGAUCCAAGACAUCUGAAGAACCAGAGGAAACCCUAUCAGCUCCAGUACCACCUGUGGACUAUAACCCACUCAUCACGCAAAUGUUUUUUCUCUAUCUCAUCGCUCAAAUUCAACCAAAUCUUCCAAUCGAAUUCCUCCUCUUCCCGGGACCAGUCCGACAAGCAGUGCUAGCUGCAUCAAUGAACAAUCUGACUCAAAACGUUGUGAACCCAAAUAAUCAAAAUCCUCCACCAAAUAACUGA